GCAUCAGUGUAACAGUGCGUUUUCGCUGCCAGUGUAUGUAUGUGUACAUAUAUAGGCUUUAAUCUUUAAGUUCACCGUUGCAUGUCGCGGGACAGUAAUCGUGAGACACGGCCGUGAGCGUCAACGAUUGUUGUCCGUAUUCGCGCUUCUUUGUAACCGAUUUUGUGAAGUAAUUUCGUGUGAUCGCUGACAAUGAGCGCCGAGGAGGAAGUGCUACGUAUACAAAAGAAGCUCAACAAGAUGUCGAGUGGUGACGGGACGGUGAGUAAUAAGGCCAAGAACAGGCUUUGGAACUGCUCAAGAUACUUCAGAAGUUGCCUGUCGACUUGGAACUUUUGACUAAGACACGUAUUGGAAUGACUGUGAAUGCCUUGAGAAAAUCCAGCAGGGAUGAGGAAGUUAUUUCUUUGUCAAAAACUCUCAUUAAAAAUUGGAAAAAAUUCUUAUCUGGAUCGAAUAAAGAGAAAGAUUCAAUAUCAUCGAGUUCAAAAAAGAAGGAUGAAAAACCAGACAAAGCGAAGGAAGAAAACGAUCAGAAGAAGGAGAAAGAUAUGACAGAUGCAACCGAUGCAAAAGUGAAAGAAGAGAAACCUGUUAAAGACUUUCAAAGGAAACAGGCGUCUUUCCCUGCUCCUACCACAACAGAUGCAGUCAGAUUAAAAUGCAGAGAACUGUUAGCGGCAGCUUUACGUGUUGAUGGGAAAGUCAUCGAUGGAUGUGCCAGUCCCGAAGAGUUAGCAGAAGAAUUGGAAGAAGCAAUCUAUGCAGAAUUUAAAAAUACUGACAACAGAUACAAAAAUAGGGUACGCAGCAGAGUCGCUAAUUUGCGCGACGUAAAGAAUCCCAAUUUACGAACAAAUUUCCUGGUAGGUGCGAUUACACCCGCCAGAUUAGCAGUCAUGACGGCGGAGGAAAUGGCAAGUGACGAGAUAAAGCAACUGCGUGAACAAUUCAAAAAAGAAGCCAUCAAUGAUGCCCAACUCGCUACCGUGCAGGGUACUAAGACCGACUUGCUCAAAUGCGGCAAAUGCAAGAAACGCAAUUGCACAUACAAUCAGGUGCAGACACGUUCAGCUGACGAACCGAUGACUACCUUCGUGUUGUGUAACGAAUGUGGAAAUCGAUGGAAAUUCUGCUAAACUAUUUCUUGAUUCAUGCUGUGACAAAAAGUAUCUCUCAAUUAUCAUUCAUUUAGAAUCUACUACUUAUAAGUUCAAUUUAAUAUCAAGAUGUAUACUUGUGGUUUCGAUUAUUAUAUUGUAAAAAAAACUUUUCUCUUUAAUCAAUCGAAUAUACAACUUUUGAAUUUCGUAAUUUUUGCAUUUUUUAAAUCAUCGCUCACUUGUAAAGAAAUCAUGAUAAUUUUUAAUUGAAAUAACUCUACUAUAAAUAUUUUAUAUCUAUUAGAGAUUGCAUGGAAUAAAUUUUCUAGUUUCUUUGGAUUAUCUGAAAAAUUUUUUGAUUGAAUAACUAAAUUAUGCAGACUAUGAACAAAGUGUACAUUGAUUCAAUUAACAUAGUGACAUUUUCGAAAAGUAUGUUUUUAUAUCACUGUAUAUAUUCAAACUAUUAGAUCUCCAUUAAAACAGAAAUCUGAAUGCCUCCUACAGAAGGAAGUAUUUAAUAAAUAUAUUUCUUAAAAUUCGUAAACGACAUUUUAAUCGAUGCGCUUUUACUCGAAUUGCGAUUGCAAUUCAUGCUAUGCAAUUUUGACUGUAAUUCAAUUCAUUUUAAGUUUUCAAUUAUGCGUGUGAUAAAUAAUUACUUUGUCACUGUGCUGGAAUUCAGAUAUCUAGAGCUACAAAUUGUGUCUAUAAGUCUGAAAUAUAGAUAGCUACAAUAUUAUCGUGUUCAAAAUUUUCUUCUAAUUACCUUUCUACAUAAUGUUCGACAAUUACUGCAAACUUAAGGAUGUAUCAUACGUGUAAUAAACUACAAAUUGAAAUAAUAAAUUAAAAUUAGACUAGAAAAA